UGGAAUAUUUUCUUGGGACGAGAAAGAGUCGGUCCGGGGAUUUAUCUGCUACUGCUUGUGUCGAGGUUUGUGCAUGUCGCGGCUGCCGGUGGUUAAACUUCAAUCAUGCAUUCGACUUUGAAUGCUGCUUAAUCUGGUUAAACAACUUGGAGUUGGCCCAUUGGCACUGAGACUUGCGAGAAGAGCGGUUUCGAUGGAACAUACGAAAGAUACAUGUGUAUCGCAAACGGUCGGUCUGGCCGAUCUUUUGCAAAGCCCUUGGUGCUGUCUAAACGCUCAUCGCUCGUUUGGAAAAAGAAACCCAUCGUGUCAUGUUUCGGGUGCCUCUUGGUGGUUCGUAUUGAGUGUCGUUGAUUUUGCUGACCAGCGGGAGGAUGAGACUACGAAGUAAGGCCGCGAGCAGCCCGCAGAUAACUCCACGGGGCCAUGUCGUUCUAGCUUCUCUCCACGGGGCCCAUCCACACUUUUUAUCAAUUGCGGGACAAGUCAAUUCUUCACGUAACAAAAAAGACCUCGGGGAGAGACAACUUUUGUCGGCUCGUCGAGCACUGGGCAGGUACGAUGCGAGACGCCGACUCGCCGUCGCCGAUAAAGGGACGCGAAAAAUUUUCUCGAGUGUUUCAUUUUUCCCGAUGGAUGUUCGAUACGAUGUCCAUCGACGGAGGAUGAAAGGAAACUCGUCACGUUUUGCUGAUCACAAUUGGACCAAGUGGGACGCCAGACGUUGCUGACCGUCGUUUCUGAGAUUUGACCAAGGGAAAACAGCUUCAAACAAAAUUAUCAAAACAAUUAUUGCAGAAAAAAUCACAAGACACUGGAAUAAAUGUAGUUUUUUGAAAUGAUUUUGGUUUGGGUAUUAUUCUGCGUCUAAGGGCAGUGUGUGUGGUAUAAACACUUUAUGUAGAAGAAGAAAAGAAAAAUUAAUAAAGAACUCCGGCGAAAUGAGCAUCAAAGCAUGAUCUAAUCCUCAUCAUCAUCCUCGGUCUUAGCGGCAAGGAGCCAGCGGUCACCACCAGUGGCAUCAUCCUUCUCGUGAACGAGGGCAAUCUUGGAGAGAGCAGCGAUGAUGUUCUCCAUCUUGGUGU